AGGCGCCAGGCUAUUUAGUUGGAGACGCGGAGAGCCAGACGGGAGAGACCACCAUGCCGCCCUAUGACAAACCCCAGAACCAGAAGCCCUUCAAACUCAGGAAAAGUUUCGCGACGAGGAAACUCGAGGUUGACGGUAUCCGAUCCAAGUUCCCCAACAAAAUCCCGGUGAUCAUUGAAAGCUAUCAACGCGAGAAGUACCUUCCUCCUCUGGACAAGACUAAGUUCCUCGUGCCCCAGGAGCUGACGAUGACCCAAUUCGUCACCAUCAUCAGGAACCGAAUGGCCCUGCUGCCCACCCAGGCCUUCUACCUGCUCAUCAACAACACGGGCCUGAGCAGCAUGAGCCUCACCAUGGCCCAGAUGUACCGAGACCACCAGGACGACGACGGCUUCCUCUACAUGACCUACGCCUCGCAGGAGAUGUUCGGCUCUGCCUCUGCAUGACCUACGCCUCACCAGGAGGUGUUGGGUCCUGCCAGCUGGACUCUCCUCCUGGUGCUUCACGUUCCAUUUAAAGAGCUGCUUCUCACUUUGUUUUCAUGUGUAAAUAGGAAAUAAUUUUGUACAGAAUUGUUUUUAAAAAAAUCUGUCAGUGUAUUCAAAUAAAUGUCAUGUCUUACUCUUA